UACAGUAACAACCAACAAUGUAUUCACAUUGAUUGAGAUAUCAGGACACAACAUGACACUGGUGAAGUUAAUGUGUUGGGUGUACCUCAUGACGUUCUCUAAAGGCGACCAGUGCAAGGACAACCAGCAUUGUUCAGAUUGUGACAGAAUAGGAAGUUGCCUCACAGACUGUGACACUGGGUAUUUUGAUCGGAUGUGCAUGUCAGCGUGCAGCAAGACCUGCAGGAACCAUUCAUGUCAGUUGUCAGUCUCUGGUGUCGGUGAUUGCACUCAGCGGUGUGUCCCCGGAUAUCAAGGCCCAGUGUGCGAUAUACCAUGUGACAGUCCAGGAGGUAGAUGUACAGCAUGUCCAGGUGGUUGUGAUGGAGGAUAUUGUCAGCUGGGCUCAUCCUGUGUGUCUGGAUGUGUAGACUCCUACUACGGGACUGACUGUAAGUCGUGUUCUAGUCGAUGUAAGUCCUGCAACAGGAUGACAGAAUCGUGCAGAGAAUGCCACCCUGGAUACUUUGGUCCAAACUGUGGGUAUUCCUGUGAUCACUGCCUCGGAUCCUGUGAACAUGGAUGCACAGGGGGCUGUCUUCCUGGAUUUUAUGGCGCGUUCUGUGACAAGACAUGCAGUGAAAUGUGUGGAUCAGACCCCAACACAUCUACUGACAAACCUCUACUGGUACCAAACACUGGAGUACGUGACUGUCACAGAGACAGCGGGGAGUGUAUCCACGGGUGUGAAGAGGGGUGGUAUGGCCGACAGUGCUCUUCUCCGUGUAGUUCUAACUGUAGAAACUCCAAGUGUCAGUCCGACAGCGGGUCGUGUACAGAUGGGUGUGCACGUGGCUUCUAUGGUGGCCUCUGCCACCACACGUGUGAAGUUUGUCACGAUGGUGUCUGUGAUCAGAAGACUGGCACGUGCACCGAAGGCUGUCAGCUGACUGGACGAAAGUGUGAUUCCACGUGUGCAGCCAACUGUUCCAUAGCGGAAUGUCUAAGCUGCAACCAUGGUAACUAUAACUGAUUUAUCAGUUGAGCUAAAUUUGUUUAUUAGUUAAGUAGCUUGUCCAUAUUUGGCAAUAUAAAAAUAAGAAG